GAGCAGAAGACGGCGGCCAGCGGCGGACACGUAUCAGUAUGGCGGCGGGAACUCGCGCCAGAUGGCGGCACGCACACCGCUCCACCGCUUACCUUGUCCUCAUUCUAUCCAAAAGAAAAUCACCAUUCGAUGCGUCUUUUAGCUCUAAUUUUCUCCAAUGGAGACGACGAGGAGACUAUGGGAGAUCGGAGGGAACCUGGGAGAGUCGACCCCCGCGCAGGUCGUCCCUAUAACAUUGUUCGUGGCGGUUCUCUGCUUGUGCCUAGUGAUUGGACACUUGCUCGAAGAAAACCGAUGGGUCAACGAGGAUCUCUGACUGGGACAAUAGUUCUUCUAGUGAAGAAGAAGCAGUUCUUCCAUAAUUUCUUUACAAUAAUGCUGUUUGGAGUGGUUGGAGUUUUUAUAUCUUCACCCAUUAUUACAGCCGGGAGCUGGUUGCUGUUUCCCAAGUUGGGUUUUAUUGGUUUGAGUCCUCAAGAUUAUCUUGGUAUUGGAGCAAUAUUUUCAUCCACAGACACUGUGUGCACUCUGCAGGUGCUGCAUCAAGAAGAAACUCCCUUGCUAUACAGCCUUGUUUUUGGGGAGGGGGUAGUGAAUGAUGCCACAACAGUUGUUCUAUUUAAUGCAGUUCAAAAGCUUGAUGUCAACAGAGUUGAUGGCUGGACAGCAGUCAAAGUACUUUUGGAUUUUCUGUACUUGUUCUCCACAAGCACUGCUUUAGGAGUUGCUGCUGGACUUUUGACUGCAUUUGUUCUCAAGGGCUUGUACUUAGGAAGACAUUCCAGUGUUCGUGAAAUUGCUCUUAUGGUUCUUAUGGCAUACCUGUCUUACAUGUUGGCUGAGCUAUUCGAGCUAAGUGGGAUCCUGACUGUCUUUUUCUCUGGGAUUUUCAUGUCACAUUAUGCUUGGCAUAAUGUAACCGACAAUUCAAGAGUUACAACAAGGCAUGUAUUUGCAAUGAUGUCCUUCAUUGCAGAAACAUUUAUAUUUUUAUACGUGGGAAUGGAUGCCUUGGAUGUCAAGAAAUGGAAAAUGAGCAAGCUUGGUAUCUGGGAUUCGAUCGGUGUAUACUGUAGUGUCAUGUUCCUGUUAAUGCUUGGGCGUGCUGCUUUUGUAUUUCCUCUCUCGGCUUUAUCGAACUAUAUGAGCCGAAGGUCAUCAUCAUCGUCAUCAACUUCAUCAUCAUCAUCAUCAUCAUCCAUAACGUUCAAACACCAGGUUGUAAUUUGGUGGGCCGGGCUUAUGAGAGGUGCAGUCUCCAUAGCUUUGGCUUUCAAACAGUUUACUCAUUAUGGCGUGCCGUGGGAUCCGGUCAAUGCAACAAUGGUCACGACAACAGUUAUCGUCGUCCUCUUUAGCACUUUAGUCCUUGGCUUCUUAACAAAGCCACUGAUUAUGUACCUUCUUCCUCACAAUAACAAUAACAAUACCAACAAGUUAGACCGUGAGCCGACUAUUUCUAAGGAGGAUAUGACACUUCCUCUGCUCUCGUUCGAUGAAUCAGCUGCCACCAACCUUCUCAGGGCAAAAGAUAGUUUGUCGAGGCUAAUAGAAAGGCCCGUCUACACUAUCCAUUCCUUCUGGAGGAGAUUUGAUGAUGCCUAUAUGAGACCUAUAUUUGGGGGCCCACUGAGCUCUCAAAAUAAUGCAGCGAGUCAUGAAAGCAGUUUGCGCGGUUGGCAUUUAACAACGUGACUAUAGGAGUUCUGUGAGAUUUUAGUCCUUUCCUUUUUCAUUUUCUUCUCUUUUCUUUUGAACCAUUGUGGAAAAUAGUAAGAUAAAUUUUGUAAUAAUCACACGGGAACAAGCGAUUACUGAAGAACUGUGAAUUGUGGGCCUGAUGGCGUUGUGAGAAUGUUCAUUUUGGGGCUCUUAUAUAUUGAGUAGGGCGCCGAUGUUUCUUUCAUCUCAGGGACACUGGCAUUUAUGCAACAAAUCGGCACAAAUUUAAGCCUGUGAUUUGGAUACUAGUACAGAGCCCGUGCGAUGC